AUGUUUCCCGAGUUGCUUAUCGUUCUGUUCGCGGCCCUGGCCAGGGCCGGCCUCAAGGACUUGGCCUGUUGCGAUCCCCUCCGCAAGGACAUGCACUGUCCGCCGGAUCUGGCCUUUGCGGGCAACGCCUCCUUCGACUUUAUCAAAACGGGCCCCGGCGACGAGUUUGGCGACUUUUGGGCCGUAGACAACGCCACUCUGCACCACCACGGCCUCGACCAUGACACGAACGAGCACGGCCUGGCCGUGGAUGUUGGAAAGCCCGGAGACGCACCCACGCUCGUGAGCCAGAGGUACCUCUUCUUCGGAAAAGUCAGCGUCACGCUCAAAGCAGCCAAGGGCGUCGGCGUCAUCACCACUUUUGCCUUGAAGUCGGACUCGGGCGACGAGAUCGAUUGGGAACUCCUCGGUGCUUACGACAACCAGGCGGCGACCAACUACUUUCACGACGGCAAAGCCGUCUACAACACGUACAACGACACGUACACGCUCGACACGUCGUCGUUUGACGCGUUCCACACAUACACGAUCGAGUGGACGGACCAGGUGCUCGUCUUCUCCAUCGACGGCACGCCGCGGCGGACCUGGCGCGCCGGCGAGGGCAUGUCGCCCGGCAUCUGGCCGCAGACGCCCGUGCAGGUCAGGCUCGGCGUGUGGGCGGUGGACACGGGCUCGGAGCGCGGGGAGGUGUCGUGGGCGGGGCGGCGUGCCGGACUGGACCGGCGAGGGCCCCUUCACGGCCGUGUUCCAGUCCGUGGCCGUCGAGGACUAUACAAGCUGGUGCGACGAGCGGCAUGA